AUGAAUUCCGUUCUCUGCCUUUCGACCCGCUCCGCAUGUAUCCUCGGACAGACAGCCAGGUACGCCAGUACCGGUCCUGUCAUGAAGAAGUUCUCUAUUUACCGUUACAAUCCCGACAAGCCUGACCAGAAGCCGUACAUGCAGACCUUCGAAGUCGAUACGAGUGAUUGUGGUCCAAUGAUGCUUGACGCUCUAAUCAAAAUCAAAUCCGAUCAGGACCCCACCCUAACUUUCCGUCGUUCCUGCCGUGAGGGUAUCUGCGGUUCCUGCUCAAUGAACAUCAAUGGUCGUAACCGUCUGGCCUGUCUCUGCGCUAUUCCCAAAGAUAAUAAAGUCACCAAAAUCUACCCUCUCCCACACAUGUACGUAGUGAAGGACUUGGUACCCGAUAUGGCAAACUUCUACGCUCAGUACCGCUGGAUCGAACCCUACCUGAAGAAGAAGGAAUUCAGUGAAGAACAAGUCGGUGAGAAGGUCUUCAUGCAGUCCAUCAAGGAUCGGGAAAAGAUAGAUGGAUUGUACGAGUGCAUUCUCUGUCUCUGUUGUUCCGCUUCGUGUCCCUCCUACUGGUGGAACUCUGACAAGUAUCUCGGUCCUGCGGUGCUACAACAAGCCUAUCGUUGGAUGAUUGAUUCUCGCGAUGACUAUACCUUUGACCGUUUGGAGCAGAUGCAGAAUAAGUGGUCCACUUACCGUUGCCAUACCAUCAUGAACUGUACUGAGACAUGUCCAAAGGGUUUGAACCCCGGUAAGGCUAUCGGUGAGAUCAAGAAGAUGCUGAUCCACUACAAUAGCUACAAGAACAAGAAACCUAUGAACGAACGUUUGGAGAACUCGGUCCCCUUCUGA